AUGAGUGUUCACUUGUUGAAGGACUCCUCAAAAUUAUGUAUCUUUAAUCAACUUCAGCCUAAGAGGUCCAACUUGAUCUUGUUGUGCCAUCAUCAUCAUGAUGAAGUUGAGUCGUCAUCAUUGUCAUCGUCUUCUUCAUGGCCAUCCAUAAAAUCAUGUGAUGCAAAUUAUGUUGCAUUGACACCCAUAAGUUUCUUGCAGAGAGCAGCCAAUGUUUUUAGUGAAAGAACUUCAGUUAUAUAUGGCCCUUCAUCAAUCACCUACACUUGGGAACAGACACAUACUAGGUGUCUCAAGCUUGCUUCUGCUCUUGUUCAUCAUUUGGGGAUUUCUCGUGGCCAUGUGGUUGCUACACUAGCCCCUAAUGUACCAGCAAUACAGGAGCUGAAUUUUGCAGUACCAAUGGCUGGAGCAGUUCUUUGUUCAUUAAACACACGUCUCGAUUCAGCUAUGUUAUCAACACUUCUAAUGCAUUCAGAAACAAAGAUCAUAUUUGUAGAUCAACAGUUUCUCCAACUUGCUCAAGAAGCACUUUCUAUUAUUUCUAGCAAGAACACCAAACCACCUCUUCUUGUUGUAAUAAUCUCAGAAAAAUCUAACAAUUCCAUUACUAACACUUGGGAUUAUGAAAGUCUCCUUGAAAGUGGGGACAGAGAUUUUGCUAUUAGGUGGCCAAUAACAGAAUUUGACCCUAUUAGCAUUAACUAUACUUCUGGAACAACAUCAAGACCCAAAGGAGUUGUUUACAGUCAUAGAGGUGCAUACCUCAAUUCUAUUGCCACAUUUUUGGCUCAUGAGAUGAGCACACUCCCUAUUUAUCUUUGGACUGUUCCAACAUUUCACUGCAAUGGAUGGUGCAUGAUAUGGGGUCUAGCAGCAGUAGGUGGCACUAAUGUUUGUCUCAGAAGUGUAUCUCCAAAAGAAAUAUUUGAAAGUAUUUCACUGUACAAGGUGACACAUAUGGGUGGUGCACCUACUGUCUUGAACAUGAUAGUGAAUACGCCGUCAUGUGACCGGAAACCACUUCCACACAAGGUGAAGAUUAUGACAGGUGGUUCACCACCACCACCACAAAUGAUUUCCAGAAUGGAGGAGUUGGGGUUUGGAGUAAUUCACAUUUAUGGACUAACGGAGACACAUGGUGUAGGUACAUAUUGCUUGUGGAAGCCUGAGUGGGAUUCUUUGCCUUCAGAUGAAAGACUUAUACUGAAAGCUAGACAAGGAGUGCAACAUCUUUGUGUUGAGGAAGUUGAUGUAAGAGAUUCUAUCACCAUGAAGAAGGUGCCCGCGGAUGGUGUAACAAUGGGAGAAGUCAUGUUUAGAGGGAACACAGUAAUGAGUGGAUAUUUAAAAGAUCAAAAAGCAACAGAUGAAGCUUUUAGAGGUGGAUGGUUUCAUAGUGGUGAUCUUGCUGUAAAACAUCCUGAUGGUUAUAUAGAAGUAAAGGAUCGUUCAAAAGAUAUUAUAAUAUCUGGUGGAGAAAACAUAAGCACUAUUGAGGUGGAAACAGUUUUGUAUAGUCUUCCAGCAGUUUUAGAAGCAGCAGUAGUCGCUCGACCAGAUAACCACUGGGGACAGACACCUUGUGCAUUUGUGAAGUUGAAGGAGGGAUAUGAUGUAAGUUCUCAAGAAAUUAUCAACUUCUGCAGGGAUAAUUUGCCUCAUUACAUGGCACCUCGGACAGUUAUAUUUCAGGAUCUCCCAAAAACUUCAACUGGAAAGAUACAGAAAUCUAUCCUAAGGGAGAAAGCAGAAGCCUUGGGCAGUCUUUUCUGA